AAGGGAAUCAACAGAGAAAGUUCAGGGGCAACAGAUCAGGCCCGCACCCCUCCUCAAAAAACAUAUCUCCGAGGCCCCGGAGAAGAAAGAGGCGUCACUUUUACUCAAAGUGCAGCCGCUUCCUGCCGUUCUACUUCUCCUGUCACGGUUUCAUCUCCCAGCAAAGACCGAGAAGCUCACAGGAAACUUGUUGCUGUGCCAUCUGGAAGUCUGCAAUUUGAUACCAGAGCAGAGUCUGUGACCUGCACUGUUGCCACACUUCUGAGUGGGUACACCAGCUGUCCCCCUCAAUCCCUACCCCCUAGCAGAAGCACACCAUGGGAGACACCAUGACCACAUGGAUUAGUUCCUCACAGGAAGUCAACACCACCACGACAGCAGCUUAUACUGGAUCAGCAGCGACCACUCCAGGGCCACACUGGGACGAUGGAUUUUAUGCUAUACUGGGAGGUGUCAUCAUCACAGUGAUUCUGGUGCUGCUUUGCCUGGUCAUAGUGCUUUUGCGCUACAUGUACCGACACAAAGGAUCCUACUUCACCAAUGAGGCCAAGGGCACCGAGUACGCGGAGACCGCCGACACCGCGCUCAAGGGUGACCCCUCCCUCCAGGAGGCCACAGACGAAAGCAAGAAGGAAUAUUUCAUCUGAGGAUGCAUCACUUGCUCAACCAACAGGACACAUGAGAUCUGUUAUUAUCAUGACAGCGAUUGAUUUCUACUUCAGCAAACACUGUGACUAUUGGCUUUGGUACCUCAUCAUAUAUAUAUAGGAAAGAGCCUGGAUUUGUCAUUGAAUGAGAUCUCGAAAGACUCUUCUAUCAAAAUUGGGCACAUCUGAAAUAGAAACUGGCAGUCGAAGAGCAAUAAGUGACUCGGCAAAGAAAUGUGAAAUUCCUGCACCAGGAACAUUGUUUAAUAAUAUUUCCAGAGUUAAUCAGCAAAUGAAUCCAGCUUACAGCCCUGGGCUGCCGCAGACAGACGUCCUCAGCACUGACACCAACGCGCAAAACAAAUAUUUUGUUGUAGCAAUUCAUUCAUCAACAUGCUGAGAAAACAGAACUAAAAACAAAUAAAAUAAAAUCUACUUUAAAAAAAACGAAGUGACUCUUCAGCAAUUAAACCGUCAUCGGACACAUCCAGCCACAUCGAAAGAACAUUAACUAGCUAAACUCUCCCUAUGCCCACAACCUGCUGCAUUCCCCAUUUUCAUGACCUAAUACAACAUAGACAAAGACCUUUGCAACUUCUGCAUAAAUAAAGUCCCCCCUCAGAAGGCAUGAUAUAUGUCACAUAAUGUCAAUUUAGCCAAAAUAUCCAGAUGUCUGUUAAACUGUGUCCUCUGUCACCUUCUGUAUAACAUUUUUUCAAUAUAUUUCUCAUCAUUAAAGUUUCGUUGUUUAUUUCAGUUCAUGUUUAGUAAAGUAAAACAUAUUUACUUUGGCUUAAAUGAACAUAACCAAAGAUGCAUUUAUCUGGUGACAAAUAGACAGUUUGUAUUAAUCGAAAGGAAAUGUAAAGGUGCAAGUGCUGUUAGGGCUGGAAAUGAUAAUGGAAAAUAUGGGGAUUAAAAGGAGCUUUAAGCACAGCACUCCUCAUGUCCUUCAGCUAUUUUAUAUAUUUGACGACCUGGGUUUUCCAAAAAUCAGUGGGUUCUGAUACUAUUGCGGCUGCCUUUAGUAUCACGGUAACCAUACAAGACCUCCAUGUGUAAGGUAUGUCAUUCUCUUUGGAAGUUGGGUUGGGAAAUUAAUUAAAACAGACCCUUUUUGAUCCAAUCACUAAACAAAUGUUUUUGUUCCUGAAGUAUUUGCCAGCUGGAGCAGUUUGUUUGAGUAGCAAGUAGCUGCUCUAAUUAUUUGUUUGGGGGGAUGUAAUCAAAUUUAUGCUAAUAAUGCAAAGCCAUUGGCGUUUUGUCGAGUUUUUCUUAAACUUCUUUGCAAAGAAAUAAUAAACUAUACAAUCUGUAUUAUACACUAUAAAA